UUAAUUUACCAUGAUACAAUAUGCGUAACCACACCACUCUCUUUAGAUAAUUGUCUGAUCAACUAUAGUUUUUCAGAUUUCAACACAUCCACUUUACCCCAAAUUUCCUCAUCAAGUUUGAGAAUACGAUUAAGUUUAUUAACACAGAAUUUACAAGCGUAACCACUGCUGUUAAUGCGAAUUUCAUUCUUAUAAACUUUACUUGCUUCUGUAGUAAUUAGGGCUAUACAAAUCAUGGAUAUCAGCUCAGUGGUUAGAGCACCUGACCACUAAUGUAGGGGUCCCGGGUUCAAUUCCUGGUCCAGCUAAAGAUUUUCUCAUAUUUCCUAUAUAUUCUAAACUUAUAUAUACAGGGAUCUGUAGCCUUUUUUUAUCCGUUAUUACUUGUAAACGAAUACUGCACGUUUUAGUUGUGGGCGCAGUCAUUAACAUAUCGGAAAUCUGUUAGUAUUUAUUACAUCAUUUUAUACACAUUCAUGAAAAUCGAGGUUUUCGCUGAUUAUGCAGACACAGUUUGAGGUAGGUUAGAUACAUGUACUACCGGACUCGGUAACCCGUUACCGUGGCUAGUGACAAUGCUGGACCAGUAAAGUUCAACCUUAUAUGAAAGCUUCUUAACAUAGUGCAGAUUCAAGUUUGUGAAAAUCAUCUCCCCCAGGGGUAGGUUUGGGCGACUAGUGAUCAAAGUUUUUCAUGCAAAGGUACAGGGACAAUCUUUAGAUAUGAUCCAAGGUGACUCAAGUUUAAAAUGAAAAGUUUUCUACUGAUUACAUUAGAUAUAAUGAUGCAAAUCAUGCCAUUUGGAAUUUAAGGCAUUUAUAACUGUAUGUAUUUAUUCACUUCCAUCCCCCUUCCUUCCAUUUUAAAAUAUUCAUAAUUUUGAAUAAAUUAAACUUUAAUCAAGGCAAGGAAUUUCUCUCUCCUGCAAUGUCUCAAAUGCAGAAUUUUAAAUUGGGGCCAAACCCUUCAUUCCCAUCUUGGCCCAAAGCGUUUCGAUCUUAAUGAGAACCGUUCGUUGCCUGUCUCGCAUCGUCGGAAACCCACGGUCAGUUGCACUUCUUUUACUUCCCAUGGGACACAAUGCCGAGAACUAUUUACCGUUCGUUCACGGCUCUACUGGUGUAGUAGUACGCUUCAGUUUCUGUAUGUGUAAUUGUCUUAUGACAGGAAAUUGCUAUCUAUGAUUUAGUUUUUUGUUUUUAUUUUCAGAUUUUAUAAACUACUGGCUCAGUUCAAUUGAAACCUUUUCUCCAUCGGCUCCUGUCAUAUUGGUUGCAACCCAUGCUGAAAGAAAGACAUCACGGGAUAUUGAAAAAAUUUUUGUUGACGUCUGGAGUACACCAAAGGUUGAACAGCUGAAAUGCCAUCUAGACGAAGACAGAAAAUUUACUGUAACUUUGAAGGAAGACAGAAAUAUUGAAAAAUUAAAAACUUGUAUGGUACAACAGACCAAGAAACUGGAUACAUGGGGACGUGUCAUCCCUCGAAAAUGGGCACUGUGUGAACAAUGGCUAAAUGGUUUGAAACAAAAACGGAAAGUUAUUUCUCUUUGCGAACUAAAAUCGUUACUAGACACAAAUUCUUCAACCUUGCAGAUGAGCCAUCAAGAUUUUCUGUGGAUGUUGAAGUUUUUCCAUGAAAUCGGGGACAUAAUUCACUUUGAUGAAAAGGAUCUGAAGGAUUUUGUCAUACUUGAUGUCAACUUUCUACUUGAGAUAUUUAAAUGUCUUAUAAACACAGAUGUGGAAAGUCGUGGCAAAAUUGCCAGAAAAUUUGGGAAAGUAUGGCAGGAUUAUGAAGUAGAUGGCUUCCUCGAGGAGGAAAUGUGUUUGGUAUUGUUGAAAGAAGUACCUGAUUUUAAAGCAGAAGAAAAAGACAUUCUGUUUAAAUAUAUGAAUCAAAUUGGUAUUUUGGUCAAUAUCCCAAAUGCUGGAGAUGAAAAACUGUUGUAUGUGCCUUCCAUGAACACAUUACCAUUUCAACUGGAAGUCUUUGAUGAUUAUAAUAAAUCCUCAGUAGUAUGUUACGAGAGCAACUUCCUACCAGACAUCAUUUAUCAUCGCCUGGUGUCAGAAGCUAUAACAACGGGCUAUUUUGGGGAAAUAGCAUCUGACGGAAAAAGGUGUGUGUAUCAAAAUGCAUGCAUUUUUCAAAAUGCAACACAUUUUAUACUUCUAGGACGGUGUAAGACCUCGAUCCAAAUUCAAAUUGUAUGUCAAGAAGUGGACAUUGAUAAAUCCAUUUCCAUAAAUGCUUUACGGAAUCUAUCGAAACUGAUCAAGGAACUCCAAUCUUCCUUUCAUAUGGAUAUCAAAUUUUCUGUGGGAUACUUGUGUGGUCAGUUUCGCUUCCUGAAUGAUUAUGUUGAUUUCGGGAUGUCAUCAGAAGAAGUGCAAGAGAUGUGUGUGAAAUCUUUCUGCAAGAAGUGUCCAUUGAGGGACAAGCACAUAAUAGAUCCACAACACCUGUUAUCAUUUUGGAAGGAAGAUGAAUAUAUUGAAGAUGAUUCUGCAAAUGAAAACCAACAUCAUGACCUUUUUCUGAAGUUUGAUUAUGUAUCGGAGAAGCUAACUGAUAAACAUGAAGUCAGACAACUUUGUAUGCUGCUGCAUGAAGGUCUGCCUGUGGAGAAGUUGACGCCAUUUAAAUGCCUAGUGAAAUGGAUGAAUCAAUAUCCGGAUACACAACAUUUGGUCAAGCUGACAGAAGGUCUUGAGAACAUUGGACGAAAGGAUAUUGUAGAAAAUUUGCCUUAUAUUCAUCGUGCAAAACACACUGGCAGUGUUGAAAAUGUCACAUUGUCAAAUCAAAAUAUAAAAAAAGAAGAAGUAGAGUUUGUUGCAGAAAAGGCCUCAGCGGCAUAUUACAGAAUGGGUAUAUUCUUGGGAAUUUCACCGAAUGCACUGGAUGAAAUUGAAAUGGACAAGGACAGAGUCCGAGAUAGGAUGUCAUCUGUUUUGAAAAGACGAAAUUUCACAAGGCAGGAGAUAUGUGAUGGGUUGAAUUACAUUCAGAGAAAUGAUGUAAUUAAGAAAUUGAAGGCAAUACGGAAAUGAAGCUACAAGUUGAAAAGACAAUUAUCUUGAUGUCUAGACUAUAAUAUUUAUUGAAUAGAAUCAAAGUCUUAUUUCAAAUGACGCAUAGACUACCAAGAGAACAAAUGACAGUGAGAGGACUGCUAUUUGCAUAUGUACAUAAUGUAUAGAUCUGUCUGUAAUAUACCGUUGCAUGCUUGCCUAUAUUAACGAGUUUUUAAAAAAAUAAUGUAUCAUAUUUUAUUAAUUUUUUCAAUUAUUGAUAGAAUUUUUAUCAUUUUCCCCAUUCGGGAAUGAUAGUACUCCAGCGAGCUAUUAUUAUGUAUAUCACCGGUGUGUAUUAUUUGGUGUGGGUUUCUUUUUUACCCCAUUUCAUUUUACUUUCGUCUUAUUUCAUUGUAUUUUAUUCAGUAUUUUUAUUGCAGAAAUCUCGAGAUAUAACCUUGAGCCUAUGGACUUUGACCAAGGCUUUUAUUAGUAGGAGGCAUUGAUAUGACAUUAAAAAGCCAUUUUUAUAUCGAACACUUUCGGCAGCAUGUGUGCAAUCACUGGUUAAUUGAUAUAUUUUUCCUGAUUUAUAACUACAUGUAUUUAAAAUCAUGUAGAUAGGGGGGGGGGGUAAACAAAACUUUUAUAAUACUUUUAUUAUAAACUUUGAUAUCCAAGACAAUGAAUUACUUAGUCUGUAUGACAUUAAAGGUGUAACCUCAAUUAGAAUGACUGAGGUUUUAAAACGAUGGAGAAAUAGUGAAUUAAUUUUUAAAUGGAAGUUUUAGAUAAAAUGGGAUUUGAAAUGAACUUGUUUACUAGGCUUAACAUAAUGACUAGACAAAUCUCCUUAGAAUAUUUAAUAUGGUUUUGAACUAAUAUUCAUGAAAUAAACCUCCCAGAAAAAGAAUUAUUAUUAAUGUUAUUGUUUUCGUAAAACUGUUAUGAAGCAACAGCCGUAUGUAGAUAGUAAUAGCCUUUGCAGGAGGUAUGUACACUGUACUUGCAAUUUUGUUUAUGUGUUACGUCACUUUAUAAUGUCAUGCAGAAUAAACUUCAAUGUCACAACA